GUGCGACGCCAAACGUGUCACGUGGUCGCCCCGCUGUUCCGCGUGUUGCUGUGAGAUUUCCCGCGGGUUUCUGGAAACAUGUCUUCCACGACGCCGGAAUUUCUUAGCCCGCUGCCCGCAGUCGCCACUAGUGACUUGGUGCGAACGGAGGAGGCAGCGAAGAUGAAGACAGAAAUUCAACAUCAAGAAAUAAAGAUACCAACUAAAAAGUCGCUGAAAUUGCCGAGGCCUCGCUUUGACGUCUCCUUGUUCUACUUGACUCGGAAGUUUGUGGACAUAAUCAAAGCUGCUCCGGACGGCAUUGUGGAUCUAAAUGAUGUUGCUACUAUGCUGGGGGUGCGGAAAAGGAGAGUAUAUGACAUUACCAAUGUACUCGAUGGGAUCAACCUAAUUCAGAAGAGGUCAAAAAACCAUGUCCAGUGGAUGUAAGUGAAUGAUCAAGGUCCUUUAAAGGGAUACUGUCAUGGGAAAACAUGUUUAUUUCAAAACACAUCAGUUAAUAGUGCUGCUUCAGCAGAAUUCUGCAUUAAAUCCAUUUUUCAAAAGAGCAAACUUUUUUUUUUUUUAUAUUUAUUUCAUUUUGAAAUCUUGACAUGGGGCUAGACAUAUUGUCAGUUUCCCAGCUGCCCCAGUCAUGUGACUUGUGCUCUGAUAAACUUCAGUCCCUCUUUACUGCUGUACUGCAAGUUGGAGUGAUAUCAACCCCUCCCAGCAGCCCAUCAGCAGAACAAUGGGAAGGUAACCAGAUAACCGUUCCCUGGUUAAACCCAUGUCCCACUGCAACUCCUUCAGUUACAGUGAGUAGGAGAAACAGCCUGCCAGAAAGCAGUUCCAUAGUGCAGCACUGGCUUUCUGAAAGCACAUGGCCAGGCAAAACCUGAGAUGCACCUAAACACCAAUAUUACAACUAAAAAAAUACACUUGCUGGUUCAGGAAUUAAAUUUUAUAUUGUAGAGUGAAUUAUUUGCAGUGUAAACCAUGUAAUUUAGAAAUAAAAACUACAUUUAUAAAAAUC